AUGAGGUACAAGCCAGGAAAAGACCUGAUAUUGGUGGAUGCUCUUUCCAGACUAUCCUCACAUGAUAAACAGAUGGAAGGACUAAGCAUAAAGGUCCACCACAUUGUAAAUGCAACAAACACAAAGCUAGCACAAAUCAAAGAGGAGACCAGCAAAGAUGAAGAACUCCAACUCCUCACUCAGAUGGUGAUUCAAGUGUGGCCAGAAAAGAGACAUCAGGUGCAGCACCUCAUUCGUGAAUAUUGGGCCAUCCAUGAUGAUAUAUCAGUGGAGAAUGGAAUCCUGAUGGCUGGAUCCCGAAUAGUUAUACCCCAAUCAAUGCAAAAAGAGAUUCUUGACAAGAUUCACCAAGGGCAUCUGGGAAUGGAUAAAUGCAAGCUCCGAGCUAAGUCAGCAGUAUAUUGGGUAGGCAUGUACAAAGACAUAGAAAAGACAGUUUCUACAUGCCACAUCUAUCAAAAGUAUAGAAACUCACAACAAAAGGAUGAAAUGAUAUCUGGUGACAUCCCAAGAAGGCCAUGGCAAGCUGUUGGAGUAGAUCUGUUCACAGAGAGCCAAGAAUGGUCAUGGAUUUAUAGAAAGACAGGUGCAGACAGUGAAGAGAACACUAGUCAAAUGCCGAGAGACCAAGGAAGACCCACACCUGGCACUUCUGUCCCUACGAGCGACACCGCUGAGGGCUGA